AUGUGCCAAAUCGUCAGAUACGACGCCUGCAACCACCGCGUCAAGGUACGAAUGACCUGCUGCAAGGCCCUCUUCCACAAAACCCAGUCGUCCUUCUACCAAAUCAUGGCCUGCCUCUGUGGACGCCGCAACAAGGGGUGCAACGACGUCCCGCCUACCACCUCGAAUGGCUUCUGCCCGGACUGCAAAGAGGUCGCACAGGCUGGCAGCGAGACCAAGGGCCGUGUUUACAACCGCUAUGCAGCGAUGAAUACGCCCGAACAUCGGAGUAGUACUCGACACCGCAUGAUGGAGCAAAAGAGACAGAGGGAACUCGAGGUCAACGCGUAUAGGGACGACAGAUACGCGAUGCAACAGGCCCGCCGCGACCAGCGAACCGACGGUGUCCUGCCUUUCCAGCCGCCUCUUGCUCACAUCCCGCCUGGUGAUCGCGCAACACACCCGCAGCAGGCGACGACCAGGUUUUCUCCGACACCUCCCUUUGGAACGCAGCCGAAGCAUCCGUACCACCCACAGCCCAGCAACCAUGGCCCUUGUGGGACAAGAACCGAUGCCGUCCCGAAUGACGGUCGGAUGAACGACGAUCGUCGAGCUCACCGGGAGAAGCGGGAGGGCGGCUACGGCGGAUUCGACAUGGCCCCGUACGGCUACGACCAGCAGCGGCGAGACGAGGAAAAGCGACUCAACAAAGGCAUAAACCCGUACAGACCCUACGAAACUCCCCAGAUUCCGUCCUCGUCUUGGGCUUUGUCGUCUCAACCCCUUGCCGACCGCAGAGGCCGAAAGCCUCGACCCCUGAAGGACUUCAAGUCGUACGGCUCUUCAAGUCGCCAAUCAACCCCCAAGGAGACCCCCACGAAAUCUGGUGGUCUAAGGAGACUGCUCAGCUCUGCUGGCCGGUUUGAUGCUCGAUCUGACGCUCGUACGGAUUCUUUUGUCUCGGAGGCUAGCUCGUUUGCUUGUGAAGGUUCUCGCGCUCUGGAGCGAGGAGGCUGA